AUGGCAUGCAAUGUCUCUUUAAGAGAUUCGUGUCCUGCUUCAUUGUACUAUGUUCCAAAUACAAUGAGAAGUCUUGAUGAAACAGCUUCUUUAUUCAAUGUGGAAAAUGAUGUAGUGAACAGAACUAUUGAUGGUUUCUUGAUUAUGAUAAAUUGCAGCUGUCUGGCUGAGCACAGAUUCUUCACUUGGCACAUGGACUACAAAGUCCAAAAGGGAGAUACAUGGAAGAGUAUUUCGUCGCAAUUCGGGUUAUUUGUCGUGGCAAUGCCAGAAAUGGUGUUGAUUCCAUCGGUAAUUGUGACUCUUGAUGUUUUAUGUGGCUGUUCUAAAAAUGCAGACGUGGUAACCUACAAGGUUCAAAAUGGAGAUACACUUUAUACAAUUUGUUCUCGGUUUAAAGCUAAUGCAACCAAGACUGCCACAUUGAAUGGGCUGGAAAAUCCAGAGAUUAUCCACGAGGGAGAUAUUUUAUUUAUCCCCACACCAGCAAAAGCUGGAUCUAAUAAUCUUACUGCCAUUGAUGGUCACAAUGAAGAUAUAAAGACCCAAAAAGCAUCAAAAGCUCGAAUUCGUAUUGUUGUUGGAGCCAUUUCAGCUGCUGAUGUGGCCAUCAAGCAGAUGAAAGAUACAAAGUCCAAAGAGUUCUUCUCAGAGUUAAAUAUUCUUUGUAAAGUUCAUCACACAAACUUGAUCGAGCUUAUUGGAUAUGCGGCUGGUGGAGAGUCCUUGUUUCUUGUAUAUGAAUUAGCCCAAAAUGGUGCAUUGAGUGAUCAUCUGCACAGGCCUGCAUUAAGAGGUUAUAAACCUCUCCCUUGGACCACACGAGUUCAGAUUGCUCUUGAUGCAGCUAAAGGUCUUGAGUACAUACAUGAACACACAAAACCUUACUAUGUCCACAGAGAUGUCAAGCCAAGCAAUAUUCUCUUAGACUCCAAUUUCCGCGCAAAGAUUGCAGAUUUUGGCCUGGUAAAGUUAUUAGAAUAUUCUCCAGAUGCUGGAGGUGCCGCAGCAUCUAGAAUUGUUGGCACAUUUGGUUACCUUGCACCUGAGUCCUUAAGUAAGGAUGCAAGUCCUGAAAAUGAUCAGCUCAGUGAACAUCGUUCUCUGGUGCAAUAUAUGCUGUCAGCAUUGAAUGAUAACCAGGACUCUUUCGACCAGCUUGCUAAAUGCGUUGAUCCAAAUCUGACCUCCUACAACAAAGAUUCACUCUGUCAGAUGGCCCUCUUGUCCAAGGACUGUGUUGAUGAUAAUUGGAAACAGCGUCCUGACAUGAGUAGAGUUGUGUUACGCCUUUCACACAUACUUUCAAGCUCCAAAGAGUCGGAGGAACGAUAG